UUGUCGACAUUUAGACUCAUAAAUGUCUGGAUGUUUUUCUUUCUGGUUCUUUUUAACAUGUCAGUUAUGGCUUAAAAUUUAUAGUCUGUUGAUAGCAUGUUGGUGUAAUGCAUAUAGACCUAGAUAUUCUUUGUGUGAUGGGUGUUAAGUCUUGGCCGGUGAAGUUGGUGCAGAGCUGGGAUCUAGUUAUGGGGAAUGAAAGAGGCUUGUGAAAUUUGAAACGCGUAUUGUGCCUUUCGUCUCUUUGUCUCUGAGCAUUUUAUUGACGCUACGAACUUGGGAAUAUGUUCAAAGAUAGUUUCACAAAUCGGAAUAAAACGUUUUUGAUCGGAGUUCUCAUCAUUCUGUCAUGCUGCAUAUUAAGGUAUUUAGAAAUUAUCGACAUUCGGCUGGACAAUUUCAAAGAUGUGAUUGGCGACUGGAGUAUCCACCAGGAAGGGAACAUAACUCAAGAUGUGACUAGGACAUCGACAAAUGAAGCUAAAGAAGAAGAGAAUGAAUCACUCUGGCCAUCACUUCGAGAUACUAACAUAACAAUAGAAGAAGUUUUAAUGAAAUUAAACAGAAGUAAGACGAUCGCUGUAAGAGACGUCGCCUACUGUGCUUCUGUGUACAGCAACUCACGUCAAGUGUGGCGAUCGCUCACCAACCUAUCCGUGGACACAAGAGCAGAAGAUUUUUUUAGGAUUGACUUAAUCUCCAAGUGUGGCGCUUUUCAUCAGGAGGAACUUAUGAAACCUUCACCUUGGCCGCUGUUACCACUGGAACAGGACUACCUGUCAUCCCCCCAUGUCAACACCACUCAAGAUAUCGCCUCGGGAAGCAAUUCCAAGAUCGAAUUGAUGACCCCAUUGGGGGUCAACAACACUCUGACUUUGGGCUCAGAGGUCAAAUUCAAAAUAACUUUGCUAAACGCCCGAAAAGAGCUUCGGACUGUUGGUGGAGAUCAGCUUAAUGUCCGGUUGAUCGGUCCAGAUUUUAAGGCUGCGAUCACGGCUGACGUCAUCGACAACAGAAAUGGCACCUACACGGCCGUGACCCGUGUCCCUUGGACUGGACAGGUCAAGGUUGUUGCACUGAUUGCUCAUUACAGAGAAACUUUCCGUAUGACCCUCUACAGACAGAGAGUUUUUAAGUCGCAUCAUUGGUUUGUUGGGAACUUUCUCAACGAUAAAGUGGGAGAAGCUACGCCCUGUUUACCCUACCCCCACCUACCUGCACACAGCAGUGAUGAGCUCUGUAAUCUGACGGAGGUCAAUGGAGCGCCCUGGUACUGCGGAAAGCCGGUCAAAGCAGAUUUUCUAAAUUGCUCUCAUUUUGUGACGACGAGGCGGUUAAGCGACAUGAGUAAAAUACCGUUGUCGGACACUGAAGCAGAAAUACACAAAACUCCACGCAGCGUAAUCCCAAACAACCUAGUGCUGAGUGUCAUACCAGGUGUGACAUCCAAUGAAACACUGGUCCCUUCAGCGAAACAGAAAUGUGAACAAAUAAACUUGUCAUUGACCUUUGAUUACAACAAUUCCUUCGGUUUUUACUAUCUCAAUGAAUGGCGACCUUUGACCUGUCAGCUUCCUCAACUGAAUAGCUCAGACAUUAUCCAAUGUAUAUCACACAAAAAGGUUAUCUACUUAGGAGACUCCAAUGCGAGGGCACAGUAUGACAGUUUAUCCAAAAUCGUCAAAUGUCAGGAGAAAAUGGGCAGAAAUGCUGCUGUGUGGCACGCCCCGCUACUUUGUGAAGAGGAACACAACAAUAUCUCCAUCUCUUAUUUACCUCACACGUUUCCAUUUGUUGGAUCAAUUGGCCAGGAGUUACCGAAACAUCACGUGUUCUCAGAGACGAGGCUUCUGGAUUCCAUUCCAAAUGAAGGGAAAUUCAUCAUCUACUUCCAUCACUUCAUGCACAUCAAUUCUUUUCAUCUGUCGCUGUUAGAGAAUCGUCUGCAAAUGAUCCGCGAAGCAGUCAAGCGUCUAUUGGCUAGAAACCCUCACGUGAUCUUCCUCUACCAAUCGGCGCACUACGUUUCCGUCUUGGAUUCGUACGAGUACACGAGGCACGGCAAGUUUUUUGCAGAAUUCCAGAGGCGUGUCCUGAGAGGACUUGGGGAGCGGGUGAUGUUUGUCAACGUCUGGCCGAUGACCAUCGCCGUGGACAACAACAAUGUCCACCCGCCAAUUUUUGCCGACUACACAAAACUUUAUACAGGACAUAUAUGCGGACGACUCUAGUGACAAUGUAGUUAGCCUACAUUUUAGAAUAAAAGAAAAAGGUUUAUCUGAAUCGGUUACACUUUUUAGAUGUGUAUGUGUGAGUGUGUGUGUUUAGUGUGUGAGUGUUGUGUGUGCGUGUUUUUGUGACUGUAAACUUGGGCUCUGCCUUGUUCUGUUAGUAAAGUUCCCCCUUUCAGACCUUGAGGUCUAUAGGGCAGAUGACGUAAAGGUCAUCUGUUUUUGUGGCCUACGGUUAACAAAAGUGUCAUGUGGCCAGCACAACGACCAACCGCCUUUACUUGUCCCCCAACUAAUGUCAGGUACCCAUUAGAGCUGGGGUUGACUCAGAGGCGCCCGAAGAUCCCGGAAUUAAAAAUCUCAGUCUUCACCAGGAUUCGAAAGUAAGCGAAUUCCUUGUUUUAAUUACGUCGAGAUUAUAUUUUACUAUUAACAAACAAAGUGCUUGUCAUGCGCAGCUCUGUCUGUCUGUGUGUGUGUGUGUUUGUGUGUGUGUGUGUGUGUGUGUGUGCAAUUAAAAUCAAUUAAUUAAUAAAAUAAUUUAAUUUUGGUGCCUUAGAUCUAGGGGUUUCUACCGACACCGUAGACCAGCGUGCGUUACAGGCUGUGAAACAGAGCACACAGUUUGCGUACAAUAAAGAAAAAAAAAUCCCUUUCGUCAACAAGAUAAAGUGUUUAAUGUAAUGACCGAUAAAAGGGGGAGGGGUAACAAUGGUGGGGACAAUUUUUUUCUAACUCAAUAUCUAUAAAUAAAGAUGAAAUAUUCGAAUCAUCAUUCUGACUGAUGAUGGUACAAAUACGAAUGCCCUACUGUUAAUAAACAUAGCUCUAUUAAUCCUGGGCUCAUUUAUAGUCCCAUAAGGGGCUUAUCCUUAUGCCUUGUGCUAUUUAUUAACUAUUCCAGUCCGUUGGCGUGAGUAUCAGCGUUGGGCGGUGCCAGCUCCAGCUGAAAACAGAUUGGCCCAGACAGGGCCGGUUCUACAGAUUGCGGGGCCCUAUGCGAAACGGAUUGAGCGGGUAGUCUGGGCGGUGAUAAGGAUAAUAAGUGAAAUGAAGAUUUUUUGUUAGAAAAUAAAAUUAACUGUACGAGCCAUUUAGAAUAGAAGAUAGAUUUCCAACAUAAAGCCGAUAAACAUUCAGAUCUGCCUUUUAGAUUUACUAUCGACUAUCAAAAUAUCGCUUUUGAUUUUUUUGAAGAGAUAAUAAUAAUAAUAAUAAUAAUAAUAAUAACAAUAAUAAUCUUUAUUGACAGUAUGGAAAUUUGUCUUACAAUUUGUGCAUUACACCAAACAAAAAAACAUUAUAACUAUAAGAAACCAAAGUGUACAUUCACACCAGACUCAUAAUUUACAUGUGACAAAGUUUAUACCAGAUUGUUCUUAUUUAAUGAUUUGAUUGCCAGGGGAACAAAAGAGUGUUUGUGUCUGUAUGUCUUUGCUAUCAGUGUCUUGUAUCUCUUUUGUGAUGGUAAAAUUACAAAAUCCUGACACAAAGGGUGAUUCUUUAUUUCGAGGAUCUUGUUAGCUUUUUUAUAGAUGUUUGUCUCAAACAACUGCCCAAAUGGGAUUGUGUUUUGCCAAUGAUUUUACCAGCAGCAUUUAGGAUUCUAUAAAGUUUAUUUUUAUUUUUAAUGCUCAGAUUGCCAUACCAGGCAGUGAUAUUGAAACUUAAAAUAUUGCAGAUGUGAGCGUGAUAAAACAUAGCCAAGGCCUUUUUGCUAACAUUAAACGAGGACAGUUUUCUAAGUAAUCGUAAUCUUUGCUGCCCUUUUUUGCUGAUAUAAUCAGUAUUUGCAGUAAAAUUUAGUUUAUUGUCUAGGAUAGUACCAAGGUAUUUAAAGGUUUGCACUAUUUCAAUAGUCUCUCCAGCUACAGAAACAAUAUCAUUUUCCAACUUUUCCCCACGAAAAUCGAUUAUCAUUUCUUUGUUGUUUUUUUUUUACAUUUAAUAAUAAAAAAUUAUCUUUACAGUAUUUUUCAAUGUGUUCU